GUCUUCUUCUCCGGGCGACCAAGACACACUACAAAUGUCCCGAUGGUUUGGGGAGACAAUUCACAGUUUCUUCUACAACAACAAACAUUUUCACAAGAAAAGCUUUAAAAACCUAUCUAGUGUCGUUUCAUAUCUUACGCAUUUGAAGAAAGACAAUGGCGUCCAACCAACAGAGCUACAAGGCUGGUGAAACCAGAGGCAAGGCCCAGGAGAAGACUGGACAAGCUAUGGGAACUAUGAGGGACAAGGCUGAGGAGGGCAGGGACAAGGCUUCUCAAACGGCCCAAACAGCCCAACAGAAGGCCCAUGAGACAGCUCAGUCAGCUAAAGAUAAGACAUCUCAAACUGCCCAAACGGCUCAGCAGAAGGCCCAUGAUACGACUCAAGCAGCAAAAGACAAGGCAUCUCAAGCUGGCGACAAAGCUCGCGAGGCCAAGGACAAGACCGGGAGCUACAUGUCGGAAACAGGCGAAGCCAUAAAGAACAAGGCUCAAGACGCUGCUCAGUACACAAAGGAGACGGCUCAAGGUGCGGCUCAGUACACAAAGGAGACAGCUGAAGCUGGUAGAGACAAGACCGGUGGGUUUUUGAGCCAGACCGGUGAGCAUGUUAAGCAAAUGGCUAUGGGUGCAGCUGACGCAGUGAAGCAUACUUUUGGGAUGGCUACUGAGGAAGAAGACAAAGAGCAUUUUCCAGGAAAGAUGGCGGCUUCUUUAUCGACCAGACUUCUUAAAGGAAUCGCUAACCUCCAAGCUGUUCGUUCUAGCAGAUUGACAUCUGCAUCAGUCUACCAAAAUGGGAUGAUGAGAUUUUCCUCUACAGUGCCAAGUGAUUCAGACACACAUGAUGAUUUCAAGCCUACACAAAAAGCUCCUUCUGGUUCUACGGACUCGCUCAAAGAUAUUGUUGAGAAUGAUGUGAAGGAUAAUCCUGUUAUGAUCUACAUGAAAGGUGUCCCUGAAUCUCCUCAGUGUGGGUUUAGCUCACUAGCCGUCAGAGUUUUGCAGCAAUAUAAUGUUCCCAUCAGUUCUAGAAACAUUUUAGAAGACCAAGAGUUGAAAAACGCUGUGAAAUCUUUCAGCCACUGGCCUACGUUUCCACAGAUCUUCAUCAAGGGAGAGUUCAUUGGCGGCUCAGACAUCAUUCUUAACAUGCACAAGGAAGGUGAAUUGGAGCAGAAGCUUAAAGACGUCUCCGGAAACCAAGAUUGAUCCAAAGUUGGAAGUUAUGCUGACUGAUGAAUGAAGUUAUUAUGUUCUUGUUCUUUCUUUCUUUAAGAAUGUCUUUUGAUGUACGGCAAUAAUGUCUCAGAAACUCAAAUCCUUUGGAUUUGGUAUGAACAAAACUUUGGUAAACUA